UCCCACCAUUGCUAGGGGGAGUUGACGAAUCGCCGCUACCAACAUCCAAAAAACAAACUACCUCUCAGUCCACUAAUUUGGGAAAAAUUGCAAUAUUUUCGAAGUUUCCACACAAAUCCUUGUUGCGCAAAUUCUGAAAAAUGCCCAAAAAUAAAGGAAAGGGAGGUAAAAACAGGCGAAGGGGUAAGAAUGAGAACGAGACCGAAAAACGUGAAUUGGUCUUCAAGGAGGACGGCCAGGAGUACGCGCAGGUUACGAAGAUGCUCGGCAACGGGAGACUGGAGGCGAUGUGUUUCGAUGGCGUCAAGCGACUGUGCCACAUACGAGGUAAGCUGCGAAAGAAAGUCUGGAUUAACCAAGGCGACAUCAUCUUGAUCGGGCUGCGCGAUUAUCAGGACGCGAAGGCCGACGUCAUUUUGAAGUACACGCCCGACGAGGCCCGCAACUUGAAAACGUACGGCGAGUUUCCCGAGACGGUCCGUAUCAACGACACAGUCACAUUCGUCGACGACGGAUUCGAUGAGGACAUCGAAUUCGGUGACGAUAUUAGUUCGGGUGACGAGGCCGAUCCUGUCGAUGGCAUCUGAUGAAAGACUUCGUAAUAAAUAUUCGCAUACAUGUCUUUUUUUUAAUGUAGUUAGGAAAGUAUUAUAAUUACAAUUGUUGUUUAUGUCUUUGUUGGUAUUAGCAAUAAUUUGACCAUUAAAAAUUACCCGUUCUGUGUCUAACUAAAACUUGAGAGUGUAUAAUAUCCUUCUAAUGUUAAGUGAGAAUAAUUUUACUUUAUAUAAUAAAGAAAAUUUGUUUGUUUUG